UCACCUCCUCAUAUACAGGGAGACUUUGGACGGGAGAGUCGCUGGACGGUGAAGAGUUUCCAGCUGCCCGGUGACACCAUGCCGAGGAUCUUGAUUCUGGCCUUGCUCUGUACAGGAUUCCUGAUUGCCUCUUCAUCAGGCCAAGUGCUAAACCCAACCAUCCAUGACCGGAGUACCAAGGAGCAGAUCAUCCUGGACUGUGCGCCUUCUUCUAUCACUAAUGUGACCUAUGAAUGGGUGGACAGCGAGGGGCGAUCUCUAUCCACCCAACAGAGAUACAUUGUACCCAGACCCAAAGAGGACAUCACCCUGACCUGCACUGUGGACAACAGACUGUCUAAGGAAAGCCAGAAUAUUACAAUUCCCUACAGGACGGAACGCAAAGGCUUAAGUGGAUGUGUCAUUGCUUGGAUAGUGGUCGGAGUCAUUGUCGGAGUCGUGGUACUCUUGUAUCUCUGCAUCUUAGGCAUAUUGUCCAGGUUUUUAGGCGGAUGUGUGAACGCAUUUAUGGCGAGCGGGAUCCUGUGCGGCGCUGGUUGUUGCUUCUGUUGCAGGCGAAACUGGAAGAAAGGGCUUAAUAACCUUGUCCAUGCUGUCCUCCCCCUCAUUGAAAAGAAUAUCGGAGGUGCGGAUGACGCUGAAAAAGGAGAACGCAUGAGUCCAGUGGAUGAGAAAUCAGAAGGAAGAAGCAGGGAUGGAGUAGAGAAGGAGUAGACGGUCAAUUUGUCGGAGCGGAGAGCAAAAGCGAUGUGACAUCUCCCCGAAUUCCAGCAAUAUCCUCAUUUCACAGUCUGGAGCCUGAAGGACGAACUGUGGAUAUGAACUCCUCCAUCAUCUUCUGUCCUGUGAUGAAUCUCCAUUAUAAUUCCAGAUAUCCGGCACCAAUCGCAAAGACCAAACCCACCAAGAACCUGGAAAAUUGCUUCACAGCUCCAUGAUGACACCUUACCAGUGUAGUCAAGAUAGUAGUCCCAUAUCCCCAACUUCUUACCACCCACCUUACAUACCCAUACCACCAUCAAAUAAUAAGACCAGACAAGAGUUUGGAGUAUAAAUGGCCAUGGCAGCCUUUUUUUAUUAACCAAAAUAUUUUAAUAAUUUCCAAAUUAACCUUUGUAACGACAACUUUAAACACACAGCCUGUUGGUCUUUGACGGCCCUCCGAACUUAACAUUUUCCACCACCACACUGCGUGACCUUUUUACCAUACCAGGCCUCCAGCCGACCCAGCUCGGAGACAACCCCUUUUUCCGCAGUGUAACCAAUACUGUAUUCCAGCAGACACCGUUCCACUGGAAUACCCCAGAGGGGCCCAUACCACUGAUGAGCCCCCCAUAACCUUCCAUCACAUCUGUUUUCUGCCACCAUCAAAGACCAAAGACACCGCCGUUACACCACUGCCAUGACGAUCCGAAAUCCAUUGAUUCUGAAAUACAGAAAACAAAUGAAAAACACACAAAGA